AUGUCACAUACACUGGACGCGGUCAGCGACACCAAGACGAAAGACCAUAAGGCUAUCCAGAACCACAUCAUGCCAGUCGACACGAUCCAGCACGGCGACGUGGAGAACUUGAAGCUACCCGUCAUGGACAAAGUAGAUAAGUUCGGUGCACACACGAAGACAGACCCUCGGGAGAUACAACUUGUGAAGAAACUAGAUUAUUACAUCAUGCCUAUACUAUGGUUCAUGUACACUUUCAAUUACCUUGAUCGCAAUGCCAUUGUCAAUGCGAGACUUAACAACCUCGAGGCAGAUCUUGGUUUACAGGGAACGCAGUACAACACUUGUGUGUCUAUAUUAUUUGUUGGAUAUAUGUUUCGGAUUUCCCUUGUUAUGGCGGGUUUUGGUUUUGCCUGGUCGCUUGUCAGUCUUUUGACAUUUUUGGCACAUGACUACAGUAGUAUGAUGGUUCUACGCUUUAUUCUUGGUAUUGUCGAGGCUCCAUUUUAUCCUGGAGCACUUUACAUCAUCAGUUUGUUCUAUACGCGCAAGGAGAUCGCUUUCCGACUUGCUAUUUUAACCACUGGUAAUAAUUUCUCUGGGUCUUUCGCAGGCCUCAUUGCAGCGGGUGUCUUUCAGCUGGAUAAAAGGCUAGGAUUGACUGGUUGGCAAUGGCUAUUCAUCAUUCAAGGUGCUUUUUCCGCACUUACCGCUCUCAUGGCCUUCUGGCUCCUUCCCGAUAACCCCUUGACUACCAAAUGGCUGACUGAAGAGGAGAGGCAACUGGCCCACAACCGUAUCCUCAUUGACACGACUGACGCACAAGAAAGCACCAGCGUCUGGUCCGGCCUACGACACGCAGCUACUGACUGGCGCACCUGGGCGAUGACUCUGAUGUACAACCUGCAUGUUUCCUCGCUUGGAUUCCAGAACUUCAUUCCCACCGUCAUGUUGGGCCUUGGAUAUAGCCGGAAUGUCACACUAGCCUUAACAUGCCCGCCUUUCUUUCUCGCUGCCAUCAUUGGACUUAUCAUCUCCUGGACGUCGGGCCGCUGGAACGAGCGUACUUGGCAUAUCGUGAUAUGUAAAAGCAUUGUAAUCAUCGGCUUUAUCAUUCCUCUCACUACCAGCAAUUUUGUCGCGCGCCUGUUUAGCAUCUUCCUCUUUGUGGGCUUCAGUUUCGGCAUCAACAAUAUCCUAUUGGGGUGGAGCAGCGCAACUCUUGGCCAGACCAACGAGAAGAAGUCAGUAGCGCUUGCCAUUAUUAAUAUGCUGGGUAACAUAUCAAAUGUUUACACUCCUUACCUGUGGCCGGCAUCGGAUUCACCACAUUACACAACUGCGUGGUGUGCGAGUAUCAGUUUCGCGGUGGGAGUGGUUGUCGUCGCGCUGUUUAUGAAGUACUCUCUCAAAUCUCGAAACAAGAGGAUACUUAUGAAUGAUGUGGAAGUGAAAAAUCUCUAUGUAUAUUAGCAGAAUUUCAGCCUAGUACUUACCUUGAUAGAACACAG